CGCUGCAUUGCAAGCAUGGGUGUUUGCCUGUAUCCCCAGGCAAUCGGGGGACAAAUUUGGGAAGAGUGGAAACAGAACAAGGCUACUGCUCUCACCAUGACGACAGGAGACUCUGGAAAUAAGAGUCAGAAUAAAACUUGGGUUCCUUUCUGUUUGCCUGGAUGUAAUUAUGGUAGAAAAAGAGCAAGGACCUCAGUUUUAUUCCAUCCAGUGGUCCCAUUUGUGGGACUGAUGUUGUUGGCCAGGAUCCCUUUUGGAGCAGGGAUCAAACAGAGUGUCCCAAGAGUCAAACUCAGCUACAGAGAAUUGCUUCAGGCUGGAAGUACGUAUUUGUUUUUGGGUCCCGCUGAUGGCCUGCACUCCCACUCCAUUCUGCUGGAUGAGGAGAGGGGUCGUCUUUUGCUUGGAGCAAAGGAUCACAUCUACCUGCUGGACCCAGAGAAUCUGGCCAAAGCCCCAAGAAAGAUCCACUGGCCUGCUCUAAGGGACAGAGAGGAAACCUGCAAACUCGCUGGUAAAAGGGCAAAUUUGGAAUGUGCUAACUUUGUCAGAGUCCUCCACAAUUACAACCGGACACAUGUCUAUGCCUGUGGGACAGGCGCCUUCCACCCAACCUGUGCUUUCAUUGAAAUCACUGGGGACAAAGAGGAUGGUGUUUUCCAGCUGUUGCCUAAUACAGUAGAGUCUGGCAGGUUGAAGUGUCCUUUUGAUCCUUUGCAGCCAUUCGCCUCAGUCCUUUCAGAUCAGUACCUGUAUGUGGGGACAUCAUCCGACUUCCUUGGGAAAGACGCUACAUUCACACGCUCCUUGGGUCCUCUGCCUGACCAGCACUACAUACGCACAGACAUCUCUGAAGACCACUGGAUCAAUGAGGCCAGAUUUAUCUCUGCUCACUCCAUCGCUGACACAUACAAUCCUGAUGAUGACAAGAUAUAUUUUUUCUUUCGUGAAGCGUCAUGGGAGGGCAACGACAAGAGCAUCCUCUCCCGUGUGGCUCGUGUGUGCAAGAAUGAUGUCGGUGGGCUGAGGAGUCUAACCAGUAAGUGGACCACCUUCCUCAAAGCCAGGCUUGUGUGUUCUAUUCCAGGACCAGAUGGUGUGGACACACAUUUUGAUGAGCUCCAGGACAUCUUUCUGCUCCAUACCAGAGAUGACAAAAACCCCAUAGUGUAUGCAGUCUUUUCGACUUCCAGUUCCAUUUUCCGGGGCUCAGCUGUAUGUGUAUACAGCAUGGCAGACAUAAGGGCGGUGUUCAAUGGACCAUACUCCCACAAAGAAGGGCCAGACCACAGAUGGGUGGAAUACGAGGGGAGAAUACCAUAUCCCCGUCCUGGAAUGUGUCCCAGCAAAACAUAUGAUCCCAGAAUCAAGACCACCAAAGACUUUCCAGAUGAGGUGAUCAGUUUCAUUCGACUCCAUCCUCUGAUGCACCGCUCAGUUUACCCUUUGACUGGGCGGCCGGUCUUCACACGUGUCCGAGUGGAUUACUCCUUGACUAACAUUGUGGUGGACAGGGUUUUGGCAGAUGAUGGGCAAUAUGAGGUCAUGUUCUUGGGAACAGAUGCUGGUUCAGUACUGAAGGUUGUGAGCAUCACCCAAGAGAACUGGUCGACAGAGGAAGUAAUUCUUGAGGAGCUUCAGGUCUUUCAAGCGUCAUCUCCUAUCUUAACAUUGGAGCUUUCGUCUAAAAAGCAACAACUUUAUGUGGGCUCCAGAGAAGGGCUUGCUCAAGUUUCCCUCAGCAGAUGUCACCUGUAUGGCCAGGCUUGCGCUGAAUGCUGUCUUGCACGAGACCCCUAUUGUGCAUGGGAUGGGCACUCAUGCUCACGAUACGUCCCGGCAUCUAAGAGACGUUCUAGAAGACAGGACAUCAAAAAUGGAGAUCCUGCCAUUCAGUGCUGGGACUAUGACGACAAUCAUGGUGGGGGCAAAGUGGAGGAGAAAGUUCUUUUUGGAGUUCAGAACAACUCCACCUUUCUUGAAUGUAUCCCAAAGUCGCAACAGGCCAAAAUCCGAUGGUAUAAGCAAAAUUUGGGAUCUGAACACAGGGAGGAGGUCAGUGUACCUUCUCAUCCAUAUUUUUACACAAUUAAGCCUAGUACUCAUGUAUAAACAGUUUUAAAUGUGCUCAACUUACUAU